AUGGCGGGUGGCAAGCUUCAUCCUGGUUCAAACAUGUCACUUCUCCUCCAAAACGAAAGGCUCCCUUGCUCCUCUGAAGUCCUUGAGUCUCUUUGGGCUCACACCUCUAACCCUGCUUCCUUCCAAGGUUCAAAAUCUGUGGUUGAUUUUGAGAAUGUUAGUGGGGGCAGGGUGACGGAUAGGCCCUUCUUUCAAGCGUUGGAGAAGGAAGAGAACUUUGAUGAGGAUUAUGAGGGGUGCUUCCAUCAACCGGGUAAGAAAAGGAGACUCACAGGCGAACAAGUUCAGUUCCUUGAAAGGAGCUUUGAGGUAGAGAACAAGCUUGAACCUGAAAGGAAGGUCCAACUUGCAAAGGAGCUUGGCUUGCAGCCAAGGCAAGUGGCUAUAUGGUUCCAAAACCGAAGGGCAAGGUUCAAGACCAAGCAGCUAGAAAAAGAUUAUGGCACAUUGAAAGCUAGUUAUGACAGACUCAAAGGUGACUAUGAAAGUCUUCUCCAAGAGAAUGACAAGUUAAAAGCAGAGGUGAAUUCUCUGGAGAGCAAAUUGAUUCGUAGAGAUAAAGAGAAGGAGAAUUCGGACGACAAGUCAUCUCCUGAUGCUGUCAAUUCACCCCACAAAGAGCCUAUGGAUUUAAUUUCAAAUUCAACAUCUGAAAAUGGGACCAAAGUGUCACUCCCUAUUAUGGUAACAUGCAAGCAAGAAGAUGCCAAUUCAGCCAAAAGUGAUGUGCUUGAUUCGGACAGCCCACAUUGCACUGAUGGGAACCAUCCCUCUUCAUUCGUGGAGCCUGCUGAUUCCUCCCAUGCCUUUGAACCAGACCACUCAGACUUCUCCCAAGAUGAAGAGGAUAACCUUAGUGAAAGCCUUUUGACCCUCCCUUGCUUACCAAAGGUUGAAGAAGCCUGCUAUGAUGACCCUCCUGAAAACUCUUGUAAUUUUGGCUUCCAGGUUGAGGAUCAAACCUUCUGUUUCUGGCCCUACUGA